UGUAGCUCUUACUUCUUCUAUCUUAUCUGUUUUGUGGUUUGACGUUUGACAUUUGAUAAAUGUUGAUGGCCGCCCAUUAAAUUUUUCCCUCUUUCAACCAGCUUUCAACUCAAGGCGCAAGGAAAGCAUUCCCAAUAAUAACUAAAUAUUCAAGCUGAUGAACCAGCGAUCUUUUUGGAAAAUAUUAUAGAAACAAGGCGCUCCAAAUAAUGGCAGACAGCAUAGAAGAGUUAUACGAAACGUAUAACAUUCUGACGGAAGCAAAAGAAAAUGUAUCCAAGCACUCCCAAGAGUAUUUGAAGUGUAUGGAGCGUACCAAAGGUAAUGACAAAGAGAAGAAGCUCGCAGCACAAAUAGUCUCGAAGUUUUUCAAACAUUUUCCUGAUCUUCAAGAAAAAGCUUUAAAUGCCAUAUUCGAUCUUUGUGAAGAUGAUGACAGUAUGGCAAAUGCUUUUCAAAGAACAGAAUAGGUAUUUCCCAG